AUGGGGGGCAAAUCUGGCAAUAAAGCUGUCUAUUUCGAGAAGCUCAAGGGUUUGCUUGACGAGUACAAGUCAAUCUUCAUCGUCCAAGUCGACAAUGUCAGCUCUCAGCAGAUGCAUGAAAUUCGGCAAUCUCUCCGAGGUGAAGCUGUUGUACUGAUGGGCAAGAACACUAUGGUUCGUCGAGCGAUCAAGGGUUUUGUGUCAGACUUUCCAGAAUACGAGCGACUUCUGCCACACGUGAAAGGAAAUGUUGGCUUCAUCUUCACCAACAAUGACCUCAAGGACACCCGUUCCAAGAUCCUAGCAAACAAGGUUGCUGCUCCAGCUCGCGCGGGUGCCGUUGCUCCCGCCGAUGUAUUCGUUCCCGCAGGAAACACCGGUAUGGAACCUGGCAAGACAUCCUUUUUCCAAGCACUUGGUGUCCCGACUAAAAUCGCCCGUGGUACCAUCGAAAUUACAACUGAUCUCAAGUUGGUCGAGGCUGGCAAUAAAGUUGGUGCUUCCGAGGCCACACUUCUCAACAUGUUGAACAUUUCCCCCUUCACCUAUGGCAUGAGCAUCACGCAAGUAUACGAAGAAGGUCAGACAUUCAGUCCCGAUGUUCUGGAUAUCGAACCUAGUCAGCUCCUCAAGUCCCUGACUUCUGCAAUUGCCACCAUCACCGCAAUCUCUCUUGCUGCCAAUUAUCCUACUCUGCCAUCGGUUAUGCACAGUCUGAUCAACUCCUACAAGAAUGCCAUUGCGGUCGCUAUUGAGACAGACUACAGCUGGGAGGCAAUUGACGAGCUCAAAGAUCGCAUCGCUAAUCCUGACGCAUAUGCCGCUGCAGCUCCGGCCGCUGACGCUGCUGAUACUUCUGCCCCAGCUGCGGAAGCCGAGAAGGAGAAAGAGGAAUCUGAGAAAGAAGAGAGUGAAGACGAGGGUUUCGGUGGUCUCUUCGACUAG